GACCGCCGCCCAGUCGAACUCUAUUUCCUUGCGCGCUUGCGUUUCCACUGUCGCAAAAGCAUAUCCUCGGCCGCUUUGCAGCCUGCCCAUCACACAACAGCUUUGGCAUCACCGCCUUUGGUCGCAGCCUCACCGAGCAGCCGGCAGUACACGUCGAACCACUCUUCCCCAUCUCGCGAGGCGUACAAUGCCAAUUUGCAACACAACUUUGCCUCUCCUGCAUCGUCACAACGCCCUCCGAGCCGACCGAGCGGAAACGGCGCGUCUGUAAACACUCAGGACCCAACUUCGCCCAUGACGUCCCGAGUUGUCCCCGCCAGCCCCGUCGCCGUCGCGCCCUCUUCCCCAGACUACCAAUCCUCAUCCUCCGAACAACGAAGAAACAUGCCCCCAGUCGCCCCCCCUCGAACGUCCUCGACGAAUUAUUCGGGCGCUACUACCACUACGACCACCACGAAAAGACGCGAUCACGCUGCCGAGAAGGCGGCAUCGUCACCGCGACGCGGUCAAGCAGACGGAACGAAUGGUAAUGUCGAUUAUACCUACUCGGAUGACGGUUCUGCUUCACGCAGCAGAAGAUCGCAUCAACAAAUGCCUCCUGAUUCUCCCCAUCGAUCUAGCGGCAACCGACCUGGGAGUCAGCCGACGGUGAUUCCCGUACGAUCACAUGCACCUCAGACAACAGCAUCACCAAAGCAGCCCACGCGCGAAGCAAGCGAGGUUCUCAAUCGAAUGGUGGUCUCCCAGCCCGAAGUAGACAUCGCUCGCGAGAAGGAACGACUAGCAGAAGCUCAGUCUACCCGCAUAGGAUCAUCACAUGAUGACGCCGCACCUCCCCCGAUCGGUAUGUCCGAGCAUGAUGACGGCAGACGUGGAGGCAGAAGCCGUCAUGAUCAUUCCGGGAAACGUGAGAAGGUAGUUAGGUUUGGCGACUACGUUCUUGGAAAUACCAUCGGUGAGGGCGAGUUUGGAAAAGUAAAGCUUGGCUGGAAGAACGAUAACAAUGUGCAAGUCGCUAUCAAGUUGAUCAAGCGGGAUAGUGUCGGCAACAACCCUUCCAGAUUGGCCAAGAUCUAUCGCGAAAUUGCGAUUCUACGGGGCAUUUCUCACCCUAACAUCGUUCGCCUUCACGAGAUGGUCGAAACCGAGAGGCACAUUGGUAUCAUUCUCGAAUACGCCUCUGGUGGUGAGCUGUUCGACUACAUCCUGAACCAUCGCUAUCUGAAGGACAAUGCCGCGCGUAGGCUGUUCGCCCAACUAGUGUCUGGUGUUGGUUAUUUGCACAAGAAGGGCAUUGUUCACAGAGAUCUCAAGCUGGAGAACUUGCUUUUGGACCGGAACCGCAACAUCAUUAUCACCGAUUUUGGUUUCGCCAACACCUUCGAUGCCGAGGAAGAGCUUUCCGAAGAGGAGGAACUCAACCUUAGCGACCGUGACUUUGUCAAGAAAUUGGGACUGGAUAGAGUCAAGACCAAUGGCACAAGGAAGGGCGAUCUGAUGCAGACCAGUUGCGGCAGUCCCUGCUAUGCUGCGCCAGAGCUUGUUGUGAGCGAUUCUCUAUAUACUGGCCGCAAGGUCGAUGUAUGGAGUUGCGGUGUAAUCUUGUACGCGAUGUUGGCUGGCUACCUUCCCUUCGACGACGAUCCAGCGAACCCCGAAGGUGACAACAUCAACUUACUGUACAAGUACAUUGUCAACACGCCUCUGACCUUCCCCGAAUACGUCACUCCUCAUGCUCGCGACCUCCUCAGGCGAAUCCUUGUUCCCAACCCCCGGAAAAGAGCAGACCUGUUCGAGGUGGCUCGGCACAGCUGGUUGAGCGAGUACGCUCAUGUCGUGGAGUUCAUUACUAGUAGCACCACCACACCCAACCAGAUUCAGAACACGACGGUGCCCUCCGAAGACGACGACUUCGCUGAGGCAUCUGGCAUAGGACGAAGCGCCUCGGUUCGCGAGUCCUCCAAGACGAAAGCCAACACCCCGACAUCGGUGGGAGGUCUCGCCAGCAAACACGCCAAGAUCGACGCCGAUGCCGAGGCAGCAGCUAUAGCUAAGGCGCACAAAGAUAACAAACGUCGCACGGUGCAGGUCGAGUACGUGGCGCCGACGACACAGACACAAAGAGGGGAGGCUGCUGCUGCAGCAGGAAGCAAGUCGAGAGCGCGUUCGAGCAGCCAAGGUCCAGUAGAGGUUGCGGAGAACCAAAACUCGCAGGAGAAACCCCUUCCUAGAGAUCCCCCUGUCUCGAGAGAUUCAUACAGAGCCAGUCGACAAGGCACGCGCCCUCCUAGUGCCCACCGCAAUACUGCAGCCGCACCCUCAAGACCGACUCGCGACACUCGUACGACCUCUGAUAACACCUUCACACCUUCAGGACCAGCUGCACAGGCUUCUGGAAGACCUCAAACUGGCGGCUCAAUGGCAUCAGGCUCAAUGGGACUGGGAGCUGGAGCUCGUGGAUCGUACGGCCAACCAAUCCCCCCGGCCGUCGCAGGUACUAAUGCUCAUGGAAGGAUUCAACAACCCACUACCCAGGAUUCCCAGGCUAUGGGACGACCCAGCGUCAGCGUGCCGCCAAAGUUUGCCAAGGUUGCCGGGUUUGCCCCAGAACAACAAGCCGCCCAGAGCCAGACGCCUCCUCAGUCAAGCGAUGGCAGAGGUCAUGGUCACAAGCGUUCUAACACCAUCGGCUCCCUACUGGGUCGGAACGGGUCGAUCUUUGGGGGUAAGAACCGCAAGAGACCCGAAUCUCAGAUCGCAGACAAGAGCCGGAAGUACCCUCCAGUCAGCAUGCCUAAUAACAUGCCUGCUGAUGGUCAGCCCCGCCCUUCGAUAGACUCGAGAGCCUCACGGCGAUCCUUCUCUUUGGGUCUCGGAAAGAAACGCAGCGGUAGCAUCGCUGGGUCCCAGACCUCCCACGAGAAGCAGAAUAGGCGAUUCUCGUUGAUCCCGCAAUCAUUCUCGCUGAAGGCUAUUGGCAUUGGCAGAGACUACGAUCGUCCGCCGUCUGAGCCACAGUCUCAGCCCGACCUUCCCAUCCAAGAUCCCCCUGAAGUUGACGAGCAUGGAAGAUACGUCGACUCACGGGGACAAUCUCGAGGUUAUGAUGGUGGAUAUGACCAGGGGUACCGACAGCCGCCAGGCUCUAGCUCUGCUCCCCAGUUGUCACGUCAAGAGUGGCAAGAUCAACAGCAGCAGCAAGGCUACCAGCAGCAACAGCAGCAACAACAACAGCACGUGGGCCCAAUUGGCCAGCCUAGUGCAGUGCCCGCCUACAUGCAGCAGGGUACUGGCCUAAACACUGGGUCGGAGUCCUCAUUCGAGAAUGCUCAGAACCGAAGACACACUGGUGCUCCAUACAAUGCCAGCGGAUACUCUGAGUCUGAGGGUUAUGACGGACAGCAGUUCGGCUCGUCCCGCGGUAAUGGCCGGUCUGGCGUGCUACAGAAGAAUAAGAGAUUCGAAAGCGCAGAGUACGGUGGCCAUCAAGGCAGCAGCGGAGCCGCCAAGAGAGUUAUGGACUUUUUCCGCAGGCGCGGCAAAGCGAGAGGUGGCGACGACAGGUAG